AAUUUUGUUUUUAGAAAGCAAACGUGUUUAAUUUUAACAACUACUGUUUAUAAUGCUGCCAAAAACACCCAAGCCCGCCAUCUGGAAAUUCAUCAAGGGAAGUGCGAAGACACUAUUUGUUUUAGAAGCAGUUUGCUUUGCGGCCAGCUACGGUGUUUAUUAUCGCAUGAACACGAAUCGAGAGUUCCGUCAACAUAUUCACGAAAACUAUCCCUUUGUUCUGGACUAUUACUAUAAGAUUGGAGAAAUUGUCGGUGAUAGCACGGUGCGACAAGCGGAUGCAAGUUAUUGGAGCGCCCUAAAGAAAAGCGAUUAG